CCUCCGUGAAGGCCUGGGACGCACCCUGGCCGUCUGUCCCCAUUGGCCUCCUCAGGACUAUCGGGGCCUCCUUGCCCAGGGACAGAGCGUGGCUGUGGAGCCGCCCUUCCCCACGCAGUGGGCCCUUCCAGCCCGACGUUAGAUGUGCUUUUCCCAGGUGGAGAAAUGAGCACAGGACUCGUCUCCCUUCCGGCUCCUGACCAGACACGGGGCCUCGGAGUUUCUAGAGUGGAGGCCCCUGCAGCCUGGGCUCUGAGAUGAGGGUCUGCGCUGCACCCCCAGCCUCUCCUCCCUGCAGUGACGCUCGCUCAUCUGGGUCCCCUGGGCAGGAAGGAACAGGGUUGCCCGUGGGGAGACAGGUGUACAGUUGCUUCUCGACAGGGGUGAGCUCGACAGUGGUACCGAGGCGGUAGCCAGAUGGACUGUCCCACCACAGCCUUCCUCCUUCCCACGGCGCACAGCCGGUGCGUCCCCACCUUCAUUUCCUGUCACCGGCUCUGCAUAUCUUGCACUUCUUCAAGGUUUCUCCCCUAGUAAGAGCUGGAAGGUUGAGAUGCUCAGUGUAGGGGGACGCCCGGGCAGCCUUGCCGUGAGGAAGGUUUUCGGAUGUCAUUCUGGCAACAAUUUUGGCAACCAAGUCUGAAAUGUGUGGCCAGAAAUUUGAACUGAAGAUUGAUAACGUGCGGUUUGUUGGGCACCCGACACUGCUGCAGCAUGCUCUGGGGCAGGUUUCAAAAACAGACCCAUCUCCGAAGAGGGAAGCCCCCACGAUGAUUCUCUUUAAUGUGGUGUUUGCGCUGAGGGCCAAUGCAGACCCGUCGGUCAUCAACUGCCUGCACACGCUGUCCCGGCGCAUCGCCACCGUGCUGCAGCACGAGGAGCGCCGCUGCCAGUACCUCACGCGGGAGGCCAAGCUGAUCCUGGCGCUGCAGGACGAGGUGUCCGCCGUGGCCGACGCGAGUGACGGUCCUCAGUCCCCGUUUCAUCAUAUCCUACCCAAGUGCAAGCUGGCCAGGGACCUCAAGGAGGCUUACGACAGCCUGUGUACGUCCGGUGUGGUGCGGCUGCAUGUCAACAGCUGGCUGGAGGUGAGCUUCUGCCUGCCCCACAAGAUCCACUACGCCACCUCCAGCCUCAUCCCCCCCGAGGCCAUCGAGCGGAGCCUCAAAGCCAUCCGCCCGUACCACGCUCUGCUGCUGCUCAGUGACGAGAAGUCCCUGUUGGGCGAGCUCCCCCUCGACUGCUCCCCGGCCCUGGUGCGCGUGAUCAAGACCACGUCUGCCGUGAAGAACCUGCAGCAGCUGGCCCAGGACGCAGACCUGGCCUUGCUGCAGGUUUUCCAGCUCGCCGCCCACCUGGUGUACUGGGGCAAGGCCAUCAUCAUCUACCCGCUGUGUGAGAACAACGUCUACAUGCUUUCUCCCAACGCCAGCGUGUGUCUGUACUCCCCAUUGGCCGAACAGUUCUCCCGUCAGUUUCCGGCUCAUGACCUGCCCUCUGUCCUUGCUAAGUUCUCCUUGCCCGUCUCCUUGUCAGAAUUCAGGAACCCCCUCGCCCCCCCUGUGCAGGAGACCCAGCUCAUUCAGAUGGUGGUGUGGAUGCUGCAGCACCGGCUCCUGGUGCAGCUGCACACCUACGUGUGCCUCAUGGCCUCGCCCAGCGAGGAGGAGCCCCACGCCCGGGAGGAUGAGGUCCCCUUCACUGCCAGGGUCGGCGGCCGCAGCCUCAGCACGCCCAAUGCUCUCAGCUUCGGCUCCCCAACCAGCAGUGACGACAUGACGCUUACUAGCCCCAGCAUGGAUAACUCCAGUGCGGAGCUCCUGCCCGGCGGGGACUCUCCCCUCAACAAGAGGAUGACAGAGAACCUGCUGGCCAGCCUGUCUGAGCACGAGCGGGCGGCCAUCCUCAGCGUGCCUGCGGCCCAGAACCCCGAGGACCUCCGCAUGUUUGCCAGGCUGCUGCACUACUUCCGCGGCCGCCACCACCUGGAGGAGAUCAUGUACAACGAGAACACACGGCGCUCCCAGCUGCUCAUGCUGUUUGACAAGUUCCGCAGCGUGCUGGUCGUGACCACCCACGAGGACCCCGUCAUCGCCGUCUUCCAGGCGCUGCUCCCGUGAGGCCGGGCCCAGGACGAUGGCAAGGA